AUGUCUGAUAUUAACAUAAAUGUUUCGGCGACUUACAAGCAAGAAGUGAUCUACAAGGAGUGUCUGCAUAACCAUGCAGCCUCUCUCGGCCUUGUAGCCAACGAUGGUUGCUAUGAGUUUCUCAAACCUAACACAAACAACACCGUUGACGGUGACCCCCAGCAUGAGUUUCUCUGUGCAGUUUGCAAAUGCCACCGGAACUUUCAUCGGAAAGAAGUUAUCUAUACUCCUAUCAUGCAAAUCCUCCACCACCACCAGCAACCAACUUUCCGGCAAGACGUGGAGGAUCGCCAGCAAAUGUCGAUGUUAACAAUAACAACAACAUCGCAGGACGGAGGAAGAGGAAGAAGAGGAACGAUGUUCACGGCCAGAGCAACAGAGCCGAAUGGGGGAUUUUCGCUGAAAGGGAUCAGUCGUAGAAUGUUCAUUGUAUGGGUCAACAAUAACCGGCGAAGGAUGAACCAGGAUCAAGCCGCGGCUGCCGCCGUCGCCGUGUGA